AUGCAAAUUUCUGGAAUCGACGAUGGUUUGGAAGAACGGCAUUGGAGCGUCAUUUUGCUUGAAAAUGAAGAGAUGGGACGCGAAUCGACUCCGACGACACCAGAAGCAAUUUAUACGGAGAAUCGCCGAUAUUUCUCUGACUCUGAUAAUUGGAGAUCGCGACAUCGUGAACAGAACAUGGUUGAAUAUUGGGUUCCACCAGAAACGAAUACAAAGAAAACCACUGCUACAAAUGGUGCCCAAACUCAGAAAAAGAGCAGUCAACCAUCAUACGGUGGCGGCCAAAACGGGCGAAAAUCGAUGAAAAUUCCCAAGGUCAAAGAGCCCCGCAAUGAAAACUCGAGCAAGAAAAGUUCGGCAGAUUCACCACCAAACGCAUUACGCAUUUUAUAUUGGCGAAUGGCGAAUAAUUUUGAGAAUGUUGGAGACAAAAUUGGUAACUUUGCUAGAAAACUUCAAAUUUUGAGAAACAAAUGGAAAGCUAACAAAGUUGCGCCAAUUCAUACAAAAGUUCAAUCUCGUCAUUUGGAACUAGAGCCCCUGUGUUGUUUAUCAUCAUGUUUGGUGAGAGGCGGAUGUACAACUGUCAUCGUUUUUGAGCUUAUUUAUAUUGCCGUAACCUCACUGCUCAUCUUACAAAAAUUCGGAAAAGCCGACUUCAAAUUGUGGUCACCAAUUCCGAAAUCUUUGAACGCCUGCUUCGAACAUCAAUCAUUUUAUUAUGCUAUUCUUUUAUACGACCUGAUUUUGUUUAUUAUUGCCGUUGGCACAGCAAGGUCAUUGGUGAAUUUUGAAAAGACGAUUCUACAAAUUCAUUUCUAUUUUUGCUUCUUCUCUUUCAUUGCGAAUUUUGCAUUUUUAAUUUUCUCAAUCUGGACAUUGGCGAGCCCUGGACCACUUCAUGCUUCAACGUUUUUUAACGCCCUUCUCAUUUUCUGUUUUAUCGCGCAAUUACCGUUGCAAUUGUGGGCGGUAACUGUUCUCUUCUUCGCUGAUGAGAAUUUCGAUUUUUCGUUCGCAGGUGCUGCAGUUUCACUGGCACGUCUUGGCGAGACAGUGUGUGGAACGGUGUUGAAAGAAGACGAAAUUGUUGCACAUUCAGUCAGAACACUAUCUGGGGCUAAAAACGUUUGCAAAUUGGCGAAAUCGAAGGUUAGUAUGUUUACAUUCAUGAUGCACGCACGUUUCUUGUGGGACAAUUUCAACGUGUUCGGUGGAACGACGGAGAUUGCGAUCUGA